CAGUCACUGCCUUAGGGAGGGGUUUGGGGUUGCCCAUCAGCUGUUUGACGGAGCACGAGAAUGCCUGGAAAGUCCCCGAUAACUGCAUUCAAGCUAGGUUUCAUAUUUGUGCUUUACUGCCACACUAAGGGCGUCUUGCUUUCUGGGUUUUCCCAAGUGCUUGUCAUUGCAGCUUGUGGAUGCUUGUUAAGAAUGAAGCCUGUGAUAGUAGUCCAGGGUGGUGCUGGCAGGAUCAUGCCGGAAAGAAAGAAAGCAUACCUGCUGGGUGUAAAGCAGGCAGCAUUAUCUGGUUCCAAAAAACUUCAGCAAGGUGGCAGUGUGGUCGAUGCUGUUGAAGAAGCAGUUGUAGUCAUGGAAAAUGACCCCAUAUUUAAUGCAGGUUGUGGAUCUGUUUUAAAUGAACAUGGUGAAGUAGAAAUGGAUGCAAUCAUAAUGGAUGGCAAAUAUCUAGAGACUGGUGCAGUAUCUGCAGUCAGAAAUAUUGCUAAUCCAGUAAAACUUGCACGUCUUGUCAUGGAAAAGACUGGCCAUGUACUGCUAACUGAUCGUGGUGCUUCUCAGUUUGCUAAAGCUAUGAAUAUUCCUGAAGUUCCUGGAGAGUCAUUAAUAACAGAAAAAGCGAUAUUGCGGUGGAAAAAAAAUAAGAAACCUGUAGACUGUGAGCAAGCUCUUGGGACUGUUGGUGCUGUUGCUGUGGACAGUGAAGGCAAUGUGGCUUGUGCAACUUCUUCUGGAGGAAAGACCAAUAAAAUGCUUGGCCGUGUAGGUGACACACCUUGUAUAGGAAGUGGAGGCUAUGCUGAUAAUUUCAGUGGUGCUGUUUCAACUACUGGAAAUGGGGAAACAAUUAUGAAGGUGACACUUGCAAGACUAGUCUUGUUUCAUAUUGAACAAGGAAAGUCACCCAGAGAGGCAGCUGAAACUGCAUUAAAGUACAUGCUAGACAGAAUACAGUCUAAGGCAGGGUUGAUAGUUGUAAACAAUUCUGGCGACUAUGCUGCAGUGUUUACUACCGAUCACAUGUCAUGGGCUGCUGUAAAGGAUGACCAGCUCCAUUAUGGCCUUUCUCAAGGGGAACUGCAUACCUGUAGCAUUUCAGAUGUACCUCUGUAACAACUUCCUUGGGCAUUACUGGGAAUGAACUCUGCUCUAAACUGUUAUCUGGUUAAUAAGAAUAUUUUCAGUAUGGCAUUCCUUUUGUGCAAAGCUACUGACCAUAUUUUUGUUUUAACUAUGUUAUUUUCCAGAACUAUUUUGCUUACUUUUGCUUGUGGCUGUUGUGUGUAAUUAUAGAUCCCACAACAGUACAUUACGGCUAACAUGAACACAGAAAUGUAUCUCUGGUUAGGAUAACUGGCUGCUACUCAGAAAGCAUUGGAAUAUAUACUGCUCAGUCUUUUCCCUGUCCUCCUGGUUCCUUGGGAGUUUUUCUGUUCCAGUUACUACAUAUGAAAGUAACUGCUAUUAAGCACUACUGUGGAUUACACUGCCUCAAAUAACAGCAAACUGCAAGUAAUGGAAGUGACUCUUGCCACUCAUUCAAAUGCCGUUGUGGGUUUGAAAAGACAGCAAGUAACCAAGGAGAGAAUGGCAAAGGCAGAAUUAAUAUAGGAGCAUAUGUUGGAAAAAUCUGUGGCGCUCUGGGACAGAUCCUAAACAGACCACAUUUGUUUUCAACCAUCCCUUAACACAAAAGAGGAGGAAAUUACACAGACUGUAUGAAGUGGUACUUAGGGGGCUGUACAAAUGAUUCCUGAAAGCACUCACAUUGAGUUGACUUGCCACGUAGUGGCCCAAAAAGCAGCCCAGACCCUUAUUAGUGAAAUUUGAAUCAUAUGCACAGAAUGGGGAAAUUCUUUUAAUACUUUGGAAAAAGGAAAUGUUUCUAAAGUUAAGAUGCUAGAAUAUGUGCAGACAGUGAUUACUCUUGUACAGACUUUAGAUUAUAGUUAUUCCAGCUGUUAAAAAGUACAGGGAAAUGAACCAGCAAUUCAAGAUGAUAUAUCUAACUUUCUUUAGUGUUCUGUUAGGGAGAAAAAUAUAUUCAGAUCCUAAGUAAAUGCUAAAUCAGCUGAAUAAACUGGAGGUGGGGUUUGAGAGGACAGCAGCAGAAGGAUCUGUAUUGCAAGGUUACCAAAACAAACAAACAACCAUAAGCAUACUGCAGUGAAGAUUCCUGAGAAGCCCUUCCCAUUAUUUCAAAGGAAAAUGCUUGAUAAAUUGUAGCAAGUAGAAGAAAAUACAAACAGUAAGGGAGUUACUGAGGGUUGAAAUGCUUGAGGAAUCUGUUGAGAAACUGAAUGGAAUACUAGAGGAAGUACUUUAAGUGGACAUUUACAUGUCUGUCUAGUUCUUGCUGUAUAGAAGAGUGAAAGUUUUGUAGCAUUACGGUAACAGUUGUUUACAUACAGAACAAAUUGUCUGAGCUCUAAUUGUACUAUGGAACUGCUCAAAGAAUUGAGGGUUAAGUUUACAUCACUUUUUUUUUUAGUUGGGAUGGUAGUGAGUGUGAUGUAUUGUUUUAUACUGAGAAGAAACUAUGAAUGAUACCAUGGACUAAGACGGAAGGUAUUGUAACUCAGUAGCUACACAAAAAGACAGACUAGUGAAAGGUUAACAAGUUUUACAACAAAAACAGUAGUAAUAGUAUGAAAAGAAAUUCCCUUUUGCUUUAAAAAUGGUAGGAUCCAUUCAGAAUAAGUGUGUAAGCAGGAGAGUUUGAAGGGUUAUAGUAUAUGAUAAGCAGUGACUGAAAAGGGGAAAUCCACAACUUUGGUCAUAAGAGAUAGAUGGAAGUGUGUGAUACAUUCUGAUUAUUCUAGACUGUAAACAAUAUUGACUUUAUUGGCAAACUGUCAGGCAUGGAGGCAUAGCAUUUAAAGGGCAACAUGAACAGUAUGCAUAGAUUUAAAUAAUGGUGACCCAAAGAUGGAGAAAGAAAUGAUUAUUGGUAGCACGUAGAGAAGGAAAUGAAGAAAAGUGCAGGGAUAUAGAUAUAAAGGUGUACAGGGGAACCUAGGAAAUUAAAAGUAGAAAGCUAAUUGAGAAUAAAAACCAUGGGGAGAGUAGUUUACAAGAAGAGGUUAGCCUAGAAACACUUGCGGGAAGAAGCGGUUGGGUUACUGAAUCUUUUGAGCAGCUGUAGGAGAGUGCUGGGUCAAAUGAAGGAAAACAUGCCCCUAUUGUAUGAUGUGUAUUGUUAUAACACAGUUGGGUCAUGGAAAGAGACGUUUUUUGAUAUUUUUUAAUGUUUUAGUUAAGAAGAUAAACAACCAGCUAAAAUACAGGUUUCAAACCAAGAAACAAGGCCAAUGAAGUCUAAUAACUAAAAAUACAUGAAAUAAAAGGAUGGAAAUAAAAGAUGAAGUCAACAUUUAAAUAAAAUGGGAAAAUGAGAAAUGGAAAUGGAGUCUUGACUUGGAAUAUUCAUGGUCUAAUAGAUGGAAGCAAAACAGAGAAGAUAUUAAGAUAUAUUGAAAACAGUGAAAUGCAGGUGUUAGGUUGUUGGAGACUUGUCCUAGUUUAUAGGAAUAUGAGAAGCUGGUAAGACAACUAAGAUGUUGUUUGGCAGGAGAAAUGUAGAGAGUUGUUGUACUAGUAACAUUUUUGGGCCUGGCAUAGUGGUUAAGAUAUUUACCUCACAGACACAAGGUACAAGGUUUGAUUUUCACCUUUGAAAGAGAUUGGCUAGACUUGAAGUGGCCCACAAUGGCAGCUAGCCUGGUAAUUGACCAGUGAACCUAAAAUAGACUGCUGAAAUACAAAUACAUGAGGACAUCUGUGAUAGGCUGGGGAGGUAUAUAAUGAUAGAAGGUGCUUGGUGAAGGUAAAAGUAUAAUUUUAGUAGUAGUGUACCUUCCCUGUAGAACAAAAUAUUAGAGAUAAAACAAAUACUGAUGCAGGUGGUAGCUUUUUAGCAGGGUAUUACACAGGUAGCAGGGACUGGAAUGUGAUUUGCAACAAAAAUGUGUCAGGAGAGUCAAAAAGGGUGAGAAUACCAUUAGAAAGAAGGUAUCAAAAUUGGACAGGGUAAAGAAGGAUGCAGGACAUGGGUAAGAUUAGAUGGAUAUUCUAUAACAAAGGAACUCCUGUAUCUACUCCAGCAGAAAAUAAUUAAUUGAAUUACAUUAAUGGACCAUGAUCUCCUGAAAGCUGAAGUUAGAAAAAAGUGAAGGAAAAACACUGGCAGUUCCCUCUGUGUAUUUUAAAGAGAAAACCUUUUGCAAACUGGGUAGUCAAAUUAAAUGUUAGAAGAGACUGAGAACAGGGGGACAUGGAGAUGAGGAAAAAAGUUUGAAAACUUAAAUAAAAAUGUAAGGAAAUAUAAGCAGGAAAUACAAUUAGGUCCUUGGAUCUGAUGAAAGUUAAGAAGCUGCUAGAUUCCAAAAGGGUAGAUUACAAUGGAGGAAAAAAGGAGCAACUAAAAACAUUAAACAAUCAAUGGUAGAUUACAUAGAAAACUUAAAUUAAUUUAAAGCUAAGGCAUUGAAACUUAAAUUAUUUGUCUACCACAAUAUAACAUUGUAUGUGUGUGUGCAGAUAGGGAGAGUGCUGCAUGUUAGUGUCAGAAACGUGUGCAUAUUACGAAACCCAAAUGUAUCACACUUCCAGAUUGCGCCUCUUAUAUUGAAAAGGUUUCCAGGAGCUGUGAAAAAAUGUAGAUUUUCAAAGGCUAUAUAAAAAUCCAUUUUUGAAGUAGCAUGUCUAACAUUGUACAUGUACACUGCACUUGAUGCUGAUUUUUAAAUAAAUUUUUUGGACUUCA